AACCAUUUGAAGUUGAUGUAUCUCCACAAAAUAUUCCUUGAAGCUACCUUUGGAAAGAGAUUACAGUAUUUGAUAAGCCACGGAUAUGACCUGCUGUGUCCUUUCUCUUUUUUGUUCAGACCGUCAGAGGAGAUUAAGACCCCCCCAUUUUCUGCCUUUUCUGGAAAAUUAUCAUCUGAUGCAGUCACUCAGAUAACAACAGAAAGUCCAGGAAAAACCAUGUUUUCAUCUGAAAUUUUUAUUAAUGCUGAAGAUCAUGGAUUUGAAAGUCCAGAGCCCAGUACCCAGAACCUGAACAAAGUUCCUGUCAAGUUUGUGUCAUCAUCUUCAGUUCAACAGAUUACUCAUCCUCAUGGCACAGAUGCCCAGCCUUCACUGUUGCCAUAUAAGCCUCCUGGUAGUACCAGGAUGUACUAUGUUCCACAAUUAAAACAGAUUCCUUCUUAUCUGGAUUCCAGAUCAGAUACCACCAUUGAGAGCUCUCACUCAGGAUCCAAUGAUGCCAUCGCUCCAGACUUCCCAGCUGAGGUGCUAGGCACCAGGGAUGAUGACCUGUCCAUCCCUGCUGACACUAAACAUAAAGAGGGGAUCUACAGUAAGAGGGCCGUGGCUAAGCCAUCCUUCCCAGUGGGGAAAAACCCCCCUCAGAAAGAUAAUGCAGAUGCCGAAGUUCAAGUUUCUGUCAGUGGGGAUGAGAGCCUUUCAGACAAAAACCAGAAAAAGGAGAUCUACAGUAAAAAAGCAGUGGCUAAGGCUGCCCAACCUGAAGAGAAAGAAUUCUUGGAGACAGCCACUGCAGGUUCUAGUGGUGCUGCUGCUGCAGAGCCCUCAGCUCGACUACAAAACAUAAAGAUUGAAAGUCCAGCAGACACUGAAGCCAUUAAACAGAAUGAGGAGAUCCAUAGUAAGAGGACAGUUCCUAAGAAAGCCUGGACAGAAGAUCAAGAAUCCUUGCAGAUAGAUAUUGCAGAGUCCAGAUGUCAUUCAGAAUUUGAAAAUACUACCCAUUCUGUCUUCAGGUCAGCCAAGUUUUACUUUCAUCAUCCAGUCCACCUACCAACUGAUCAAGAUGUUUGCCAUGAAUCCUUGGGGAGGAGUGUUUUCAUGAGGCAUUCUUGGAAAGAUUUCUUUCAGCGUCAUCCAGACAAACAAAGAGAACAUACUUGUCUUCCUUCCCCUGAUGAAAAUGUGGAAAAGACCAAGGCAGAUUAUACCAGAAUAGAGAGCCUCAGUAUCAAUGUAAACUUGGAAAACAAAGAAGUGAUGCAUUCCACUAAAAGUCAGGCUAGAGAUUAUCCAAAAAGUGACAAACAAAUUAGUGAUCCAAAAAGGGAUCGUAAGGUCACCCCAGAGCCAGCAACUCAGCACACUGUGAGUUUGAAUGAACUCUGGAACAAGUAUCAGGAGCGACAGAAACAAAAGAAACCUCCCGAGUUUAGUGACAGAAAAGAACUAUCCUUGGUGGAGCGACUUGAUCGUUUGGCUAAACUUCUUCAGAAUCCCAUCACAUAUUCUCUCUGGACCUCUGAAAGCACACAGGAUGAUAGCAGAGGGGAACGGGAUAUUAAGCAACAGCAGAAAAUCAAGCUUCAGAAAAAGAAGCAGUAUAAGAGCCUGGAGAAAUGCCAUAAAAACACAGGAGAGCUUAAAAAAAGCAAGGCACUUUCUACUCAUCAAGCUGGGAAGUCCAAGCAGAUUAAAAUUGAACAGAUUAAAUUUGAUAAGUAUAUCCUGAGAAAACAGCCAGGUUUUCAUUAUAUAAACAGCACUUCCUCAGAUUCUAGACCAUCUGACGAAAGUGAGCUGCUCACAGACACUGCCACCAACAUCCUUUCCACAACCAAUUCUCCUGUGGAAUCUGAUAUCUUGACCCAAACAGAUAAAGAGGUGACUUUGCAGGAGAGAAGCAGCUCUAUUUCCACCAUUGACACUGCCCGACUGAUCCAAGCUUUUGGCCAUGAAAGAGUUUGUCUGUCACCCAGGCGAAUUAAAUUAUACAGCAGCAUUACCGACCACCAGAGGAGAUACCUUGAGAGGCGGAGCAAGAAGAAUAAGAAAGCUUUGAAUACAGGUCAUCCCCAAAUGACUUCUGAGCACACCAGAAGGAAACACAUCCAGGUGGCAAACCAUGUGAUUUCUUCUGAUUCUAUUUCAUCUUCUACCAGUAGUUUCUGGAGCUCAAGCCCCACCCUUUGCAACAAGCAAAAUGUACAUAUGUUAAACAAGGGUGUACAAGCAGGUAACUUGGAGAUCGUGAAUGGUGUCAAAAAACACACUCGAGAUGUUGGGAUGACUUUCCCAACUCCAAGCUCUAGCGAGGCUAGAGUAGAAGGGUACAGCGAUGUGACUUCUUGGUCAGAAGAAAAAAUAGAAGAGAAAAGUCGUCUCACCAGUUAUCUUGGGGAUAAAAAGUUAAGGAAGAACAAGCAGAGUUGCAGUGAAGGAGUUUCAUGGUUUGUUCCUGUGGAAAAUGUGAAGUGUGGUCCUAAGAAGGAAAACCUGCCCAAACUUUAUGGCCCUGGUAUCUGCUGGUUUGCACCAAUAACCAACACCAAACCGUGGAGAGAGCCACUGCGGGAACAGAACUGGCAGGGACAGCACAUGGACAGCCACGGGUCACUAGCAGGCCCAGGCAGAGAUCCCCCAAGGCCAUUUGUGAAAGCAACCCUACAGGAAUCUCUUCAGCUUCACAGACCCGACUUCAUCUCCCGCUCUGGGGAGAGAAUAAAGCGUCUGAAGUUAAUAGUGCAGGAGAGGAAACUACAGAACAUGUUACAGAGUGAGCGGGAGGCACUGUUCAACACUGUCAGAGAAUGGCAAGGCUGCCAGGACCCAACACGCCGGCUCCUGAAGAGAGGCUUCCUGGAUGCCCAAAAGAACAGGCCUAUUGGAAAGAAGGAAAUGAUUCAGAGGUCUAAACGGAUUUAUGAGCAGCUUCCAGAAGUGCAGAGAAAGAGAGAAGAAGAGAAGAGAAGAUUGGAAUAUAAGUCAUACCGGCUACGAGCUCAGCUAUUCAAGAAGAGGACUCUGAAAGUCAGAAUCCAAAAGACGAGUUUAUGCCAGACCGAUGUGGGAUUGGAGAACUGCUUCUGGAGCAUACCUGGAGCUGGGCUGGGCAGGGCCCCUCGAGGAGGGGGGCCCCAGGCACCGCAUGGCCCGGCCAGUGUGUCAGCGUCACAGGCCAGGCCUCUCAUUGUACUUGUAUGUUUGAACUGAUGGAUGGAUGAGUCUAUCCAGAUCAUAAAUGAUCUGUAUCUAUAUAGACAUAAUAGGUACUGAUUAUAUACAUCAUGUUUCCUUAACACUUCAGGAAAAAUUUUUUUUGCAUAAUUACCAUAGUUUCUGUAGCUGGGGAAAAUAAAUGAGAUUUGGGUAGAACCUCACUGGUCUCUCAGCAACAUGUCUGGGGUGGCUGUCUGCCUCUGAUAGCAAGAGUAUCUAACUUCUCUUUCUUUUCUUCCACAGAAAGUGACCAAUCAGCUCUUGGGGAGAAAAGUUCCCUGGAACUGACAUAAGAAUAUUUUCCUGGAAUUAUAUUUUGUCAACCUGGAGAAGCACAAUCCUUACUUUUAUGAGUCUGGUUUAAUAAAACUUAACUCUUUU